AGUAGUUUAGAGCCAGUCCACGACAGCAUGAGAGGAAAGAAAGCAGAGGAGUGUGUGUGUGUGUGUUUGGUGUGUGUGUGUGUGUAGUGAGAGUAAAAGCACAGUGACUUCUCUCUUUAGUAGAGUGAGUGUUGGUGGCUCGGUGUGUCUUGGUGUGUGAGAGCAGAGAGCAGCAGAGUACAUGUGUGUCUGUGUUGUUGGAGGAGACGCUGCUGGGUGUGAUGGCUCUUUUGCGUUAGUACUUGUGCGGGCAGGAGAGUUGUAGGCAGUUGUUUUGUGGGACUCGCAGGGAAUGGCAAACUCCACGGUAUCCUUGGAAACAUCUGACUAAAUGAUAAUGGCCGAGGUUUUUUUUCCUUAAAGAAGACAACCACUUUCUCAUGGACACUCAGGCUAUCUGCUGCACCUUGGUGAACUGUAACUGUGACAGCUUCAAGCCUGGGAAGCUGAAGAGAAGACAGUGUGAAAACUGCAAACAUGGCUGGGUUGCACACGCACUGAGCAAGCUCAGGGUGCACCACAUGUACCAGAGCAGCCAGGUGGAGAUCGUGCACUCCAACGUGGUGUUCGACAUCUGCAGCCUGAUGCUGUAUGGCACCCAAGCCAUCCCCAUUCGCCUCAAGAUCCUCCUGGACCGUCUCUUCUCUGUCCUGAAGCAGGAGGAGGUCAUCCAGAUCCUCAACGCCCUCGACUGGACUCUGCAGGACUACAUACGAGGAUACGUGCUCCAGGACGUGGCGGGGAAGGUGCUGGACCGGUGGGCCAUCAUGACGUUCGAGGAGGAGAUUGCCACGCUGCAGCAGUUCUUGCGUUUUGGUGAGACCAAGUCCAUAGUUGAGCUGAUGGCUCUGCAGGACAAGGAGGGCCAGGCGGUGCUGGUUCCAAGCACCCGCACCAACUCAGACAUCCGCACUUUCAUUGAACGCAACACCCCACGCACUGCUGCCAACCUCUCCACAUCCAAAGUGGAUAAGCUGAGUGGCAACAGCAUGCACCACUUUGAGAACUUCAUAAACAGCAUGGCCUUCAUGCUGCCAUUCCAGCUGUUAGGCUCUGUCCCCACACCAUUCCUGGGCUCGCCAACAGGGACGCUGCAGCAGCAGCACCAGCACCAGCAGCACCAGCAGCCAUGCUGCGGGUCAGUGGAGCAGCAGAGUCAGAGACGAGAUGAUCAAGGGCGGGACGGUCUGGGGAGGGAUAACCCUCUCCCUCUGUCACGACCUCCAGAGAGCAGCCUGAUUGGUUCCAGCUCUGUCUCUUUCACUGAUCUGGACAGAAGUGGAGACAAGCCAAUGGACAGUCUGUCCACCACCACAAAGAUGGAGGCAGAGGACUUCUCCACCAGCGACAACUACUCAGAUGGGCCCUCUACACCAUGCACACCAUCCAUGAGCUCUGAUGUCACACAGAUGUCACCCGAUGGCAAACUGCGCUCACUGGACAGGAACGGAGGCAGCGGUGGAGGGGUCUCAGGAGGUGCGGGGGGCUCUCUGAAAAAGGGCCGUGUUUUUUGCAAUGCCUGUGAGAAGACAUUCUAUGACAAGGGCACGCUGAAAAUCCACUACAAUGCAGUGCACCUGAAGAUUAAGCACAAGUGCACCAUCGAGGGCUGCAACAUGGUGUUCAGCUCGCUGCGCAGCCGCAAUCGCCACAGUGCCAACCCAAACCCACGACUACACAUGCCGAUGAACCGCAACAACCGGGACAAAGACCUGCGGGGCAGCAUGUCUGCUGAUGAGAACUCUCAAGGAGAGAAGAGGCCUGAGUAUGGAACCCCCAUCCCUGUCUGCUCAGCAGAAAGCCAUAAAUCAGUGCCCUCAUACAUGGUGAGCCACGUGGACACUGGCUCGAAGCUCCACAGCAGCUCAUUCCCCAGUAUGGGCCAGAGCGGCAUCCUCUUCCCCAACUUAAAAACAGUACAGCCAGUCCUGCCUUUCUACCGCAGCUUGGUAACUCCAGCAGAGCUAGCCAACACCCCAGGAGCGCUCCCCUCCCUUCCCCUGCUGUCCUCCUCUGUACCCGUCAAACCCAUCACAGCCCCUGAACACUGCAUGACAGAACCAAUACCAAAGAAAAAGUCGCGGAAGUCAAGCAUGCCGAUAAAGAUAGAGAAGGAGGCAGUGGAGCGAGAUGAGCAGAUGGAUAAUGGGAGCAGCUCUGAGGAUGAUGGUCCUUUACAGGGCAGGGACCAGGAAGAGUGUGACGGCGGCCAGGCAGAGGGGCAGGGGUGCACACAACCAGCUGGGGAGGAGAAGGAGGUGAGAGGUGCUUACACUGGGGAGGAGAGGGAAAGAGACCAAACUCUAGAUAGAGACACGACAGAGAGGAACAACAAAGAUGACGGGCUGAAGCAACCUGAAGCAGGGGUCAUCACCUGUGCAUCCUCCCCCUUUGAGAACAGACUGAUGGAGAACCACUGUGACAACAACUUACUCUGUCAGGAACUCAACGACAAUGAAAACAGGAUGCGCACAAACUCAUUGAUAGCAGAUGACAAAUGGGACGAGGGUGAGCAUAGGCUGACAAACGGGGGCGCUCUCCAGCUCAUAGACCGUGAUAAGGAGGGAUCUGACGGCUGCGUAGAGGACUACAGUGACUCAGGGCUGUCUCAUUUCAACCCCGACGCUGAUCUACCGCACCACUGUGAAAUCUGCAGUAAGACCUUUAAGAACCCAUACAGCGUCAAGAUGCACUACCAAAAUGUCCACCUGAAGGAGAUGCACAUGUGCACAGUGGACGGCUGCAACGCUACAUUCCCAUCCCGCAGGAGCCGUGACAGACACAGCGCAAAUCUGAACCUGCACCACAAGCUACUGACCAAAGAAUCCUUCAGCCCAGCCAACAUCCUCUACCCGCCCUCAUCUCACUGCAGAGACAGAGACUCUGUUGGUCUGGACUACUGCCAGGACCAGCGGGACAGAGACCUGCCCCAUCGAGACCCAACCAGCCACACCUCCGUCAUCUUCCGAGGACACAACCGCAUGGGCCUGGUCUUCCCUAUGAGCAAAAUGUCCACUGCACUAGACAGUGCUGAGGUGUCACCCUUAGGAGAAAUGGAGGGAUUAGGAGGAGGAGAAGGUGGUGGAGCUGGGGAGGAUGGGGCAGUCCUUGACCUGAGCACCUCCUCCUCUGCCCCCCCUCGUGGCAGCAGCAGUGCACAAUCUUCCUGGGACUCAGAUGGAGCCGGCAGCGAUGAAGGGGAAGGAAUUGAAGAGGGUGAGGAGACGCUCCCCAUGGAGGACAGUGAUGAAAGCUGCGAUGGGAUUGGCGUGGGACGGCCCGGGGGUGAGGAGUUGGCACUCGUGGGAGAGAAGACUCUUGGCUGCGUUGGGGGAGGACAAGGUGGGCUUCAGGGAAGUGGGGGUGGAUCUCCGAUAACCUGCCAUGUCUGCCAAAAGGUCUACAGCAACAAGGGCACGUUCAGAGCCCAUUACAAGACUGUCCAUCUACGACUGCUUCACAAGUGUAAAGUCCCAGGCUGCGACACGUCCUUCUCCUCUGUGAGAAGCAGAAACAGGCACAGCCAGAACCCAAACCUCCACAGGAACCUGGCUCUCAGCUCAGGGGCCACAAUGGACCAGGAGUAGGGAUCUGACUGAUUUCCUCCACUCUUAUUGUCUUAUUGUUGUUGUUGUUGUUUUCUAUUUGGGCACAGAAAAGGCUCACCAAUUAGCACUUUUUAAAGUCUGGACUCUAUUCCAUCCUCGUUGUUAUAUUUUGUGAAAUAGAAAAAAAUAAAGUACAAUCAGGAUUCAGUUCAUUGACAUCAUGCAUCUGUGUGUGUUUCCAUAUCAACACGGUGCAUAAAGAACAACUGAAGCUGUCACUAAAUUCAUUUUCAGGCCUGAGCAGUGGAGCCAUGCUGAGUCUCCAUCCUUCGUUGUGAAGCUGAUUUCUCUGUGUUGGUUUGCCUUACAGCCCAGUUUAGACCUUAAAGAAAAAUAAGUGCAGGAACUGAUUUUCUCUGUGUGCCGUCCAAGUGAGAGUUGAGUCAUGAACCUGAUUUAUUAUCUGGUGUUUUGUCGUCAGAUGUCAAAUCUUCCCUGUGAAGCUGUGCAUUGAUCAGAAGCAGAGUGAAGAAACAUCUGUUCAUCAUCUCAUCAUCUGGACAGUUCAAAAAGAGUCUGUGUUAAAAAGCUAUUGUGUUGUGAGCUUGACCAAUAAGUUAUUGUGUGGUGUUGAUCUGUCUGAUCUGUCUUUACUGUUGUGGUUGUUGCAUUCUGCUGAUGUUUACCAAAGAUUUCUUCAGUCCACAAGUGUGUACAGAAACCCUUUCACACUGUGAGGGGGGAUGCAGUAUUAAGAGGGCCCACCCAGUCUUCUCUCAUCCACUGUGUGAUUCACAGCAGUAUUCAGACUUGGGCUCUGAUCUAAAUGAAAUAAGAUUCACAAAACAACAACAACAACAACAACUUUUGACUGAUCAGGGUGAAAAAAAAUGUUCUGCUGUGUUUUUGUAAAAUCUGCUAAUGGGACCAGACCUGAUGAAGACCCUGCUCUUGUUGGACCAACAGCCGAAGAAAAGACUAGAGGUGUAUAAAUACUAUGAAUAAGUCAGACACUGAGAAAUGAUCAUGAAAAAAAAAUGAUAGUAGAUAAUGGCCCCACAUGUGAUCACACCCUAAAAAGACCUGGUAAACAAAAUGUUUAUUGAGCUGUAUAUUCUGUGAAUAGAGUAAUUUGUUAUCUGAAAGAAACCAAAAAAUAUACUGUAUAAAAUAGUUCACCACUAACAUUACAUGUUUUUCUUUUUUUCCCCAAAAAUGAACAAACAAGAACAUUGUGUUGUACAUGUCUGAUUAUUUCACCAUGGUUUACUGUUCUAGAAUUGCUCUGUAAUUGGAAUAUUUUUUACAUCUGUAUUUAAAUGCAGUGGAUCUAGACUGAAGAUCCCACUUGUUUGUUGUUUGGAUUUGUUAAAGAAAAAAAGGAGUGAAAACCAACCCAUGCUGAUGGUGUUCAUGUUUCCUUUGAUUUAAUGUUACAAUAUUCAUUCCAAUUAAAUAAAAAGCCAUAUGUUUGCAA